ACCCUGAAGAUGCCCAGUUGGUGCGCUUUUUUCCUUCUUUGGAGCAUAAUGAGCUGCGUGGAAUCUGCUCCUUCAUCGCCAUUUGUCCAGAAAAAUAAAUACAAGAACUCAUUUCGUCUCACAAGAUCCACGCGAACCAGGGUGCAGAACCUUCUGAAGAAAUAUAAGGAGCAGCAGAUGGGAAACAUACAUUUUGAGGACCGAAGCCACCGCUUGAGAGAUCUGCCUUUGCUUUCCACCGACUUCAACAACUGGCUCCAGCUGUCGGACUGGGACCGUCUAGAUGGGGCGUUCAGGGACAUCCAGUCCUACUGGAGCAUGCUGGAGAGGAAGAGGAAGCAGCUGGAGAAGGAGCAGAACACGCAAAGGACGGCAGCCAGUUUGCUUCAGAGCAUCAAACACAUUCAGCUAGACUUACGGGACCUGAUGAACCAAGUCAGCAGUCAGAUGAGAGUCGUAAGGAGUUCCUGGGUCAGACCGACACCUACUGCAACGCUCCAGAACCGACAGAGGAUCCCCAGAACCGUGUGGGAAAGCAGAGUGGAGGGCUACAUCAUUCUUAGGGACCUAGACCUUUACCUCACCAAACUAGCAAGGGACUUUCUUCUGCUGGCCUCCAAGUCACACUUGUGACACAAAAGACUGCUUAGACAGAAGACUUAGGACAAAAACUGAAUCAUCAGCCCACAGCUAUGGGAUUAACAGCUGUAUAACGUUAAUCUGAACAUUGGAUUACUUUUUUUUCCAGUGAUGUACUUCUGAAUAUCCCAGGGCUUUUUGGGGGUAUUUCCCAAAGUUUCUAUCUUUCCUCUAAUUGGAUGUUAGACACAUGUCUCCAGCAGACGUCCCAACAUCCUGUUUUUCCACCACCGCCUCAAUCUUCAGGACUUUCCAAAGAAUUAUUUGCUAUUUAUUACUAUAUUUAUUAAUGUGCUAUUUAUUUUUAAAGUGGUUUAUUUGAACAUUUCAUGAGUAGAGAAAUAGUGUUUUACAGAGAGUAUUUUAUACCGAACAGUGUUACCGAAGAGUUUCAAUAAAUGAACUGAGAAAAACAGCGAAGACUUCAUGUUUCUAAUACUUAAAUAGUUAAUAGUUGUUGCUGUAAAUCAAUGUAUAAAAGAAGACAUGUUUCAUACUCCAAACCAACAGCUAUGAAAGGUUUGGAGUCAUAGUCCUUCAGUCUUGAUUAUAGCGUCUGAUCUGACAUUUGAGUAAAGGGUAAUUUCACUACUUUAAAAAAAAAAUCUAGACGAAAGUAGCUCAGCUCAAGUUCAAGAUCUAAAAACAAUUAAAAUGGUCAAAACUCGGUUCAAUUAUUACACAUAAGGUUCUGAAUUGAGACACUUGUAUUUGUGUAAACAGAAAAAAAGAUCAUUUAAAUUAUUUAUGGAUGCAACAAAGCAUUGGCAAGUUACCGGUACCAAGAUAUUGAUUUUUAAAGAAAUGCUCCUGCAUUUUAAUGGUUAUAAUGAGAGAAAAUUAUCAAAGUUUUAUUGAGCAUUUUGAAGCGUUGACCCUCCCUUCCCACACGUCCUUCUUGAUUACAAGAAAGACAAAUUUGGCUGCAUGAAAGUCAUUCUGGUUUUUAAAAACAAAGAUAAAUGCAAUAUAUUGUGAAAACUAAUAUAAAAAAAACCCAGCAGUGUGGAUGCAAUGC